GCCCCGACAUGAGACGAGGAUGUGUUACGGAGAGUCGGGAGCCCACCUCGGAUUAUGAUGUUCAAUUUUGCGCCGUGAGGAAGAGGCGAGGGGAGAUUGAAGGCGAAAUCUGAGGCCAUUGUUAUCUGCGAGCAGGGCGUACCAGUCGACAGGGCUGCCAGGAGCAGCGCUGCCUGUCCAUUUGCAGCCCCCCUCGCAUACCUCAGAUCUUUCAUGCUAGACCGUCUCCCCCUUUCGCGAGCCGAGGGGAAUCGUCCAGCAGCGCCCGCACUGUGGCGCGGGGCAGCCGUGCUCGAGAUACCCGGCGUUUGAUGCGCGCUGUCUGGCUGGAAUAUCGAAACUGGUAUGAGCUUUGGUUUUGUGUUGUGUUGAUUGCACCGUGGCCGAAUGUGGAAAAUGUGAUGCCUGCCUGCGCGUCUUUCGUCAAAAGCUAAGGUCAGCUUCCAAGAGGCCAUUGGAAAGAGACCGUCACGUGACAUCUAGUGCCAAUGUUCUUCCAGAAGGUCGUCAGGACCCUGGUAGCCGGUAACUCGACAUUUGGAAAUGCAGAAAACGACCUACUACGACAACUCGACACUUUUUGGAGGUUACUCGUACCAGGGGGCAAACGGUUUUGGCUAUGAUGCCCCAGCUGCAGCCUUCCAGAACUCAGCGCAUCUUGAGGGCGACUACCAAAGGUCUGCGUGCUCCCUACAGUCGCUCGGCACCAGCGCGCCCCCGCAGCCUCAGCAUGCCAAGACGAAAGAGCUUAAUGGCAGCUGCAUGCGGCCAAGCCUGCCACCUGAACACCACCCACCCCCCCAGGUUUCCCCUCCUCAGAACCCUGUAAACGUUGUUGCCUCUAAUGCCACCCAACAGCCAGGUGGUAGCAGUGGUGCUGGUGGUGGUACCGGCACCGGAGUCACGGCCAAAUCAACGUCCAAGUCAUCCUCUCUGGCCUCAAACCCAACGCUCACCAAGCAAAUCUUUCCCUGGAUGAAGGAAUCACGUCAGAACACCAAGCAAAAAAACAGCUCCCCCAGUGCAAGCUCAGCUAACGCGGAGAGCAGCGGUGGUGAGAAAAGCCCUCCGGGUUCUGCAGCUUCCAAGAGAGCACGCACCGCUUACACCAGCGCACAGCUGGUGGAGCUGGAGAAGGAGUUUCACUUCAACAGAUACCUGUGCCGGCCACGGCGCGUGGAGAUGGCCAAUCUGCUUAAUCUCAGCGAGAGGCAGAUCAAGAUUUGGUUUCAGAACAGGCGGAUGAAGUACAAGAAAGAUCAAAAGUCAAAAGGCAUGGGGUCAUCCUCAGGAGGACCAUCACCCACAGGAAGUCCACCCCUCCCAAUGCAGUCUUCAGCCGGUUUUAUGAACUCCAUGCACUCAAUGGGAAGUUAUGACGCUCCCUCCCCUCCAUCUUUCAACAAGCCCCAUCAAAACGCAUAUGCCAUGUCAACAGCCUAUCAGAACCCAAUGAAAGGUUGCCCGCCACAACAGAAGUAUGGAAACACUGCUCCGGAUUAUGACCCACACGGGCUACAGGGUAAUAGUGGCACCUACGGGACACCAAACAUGCAGGGUAGCCCCGUGUACGUGGGAGGCAGCUAUGUCGAUGCCAUGCCUGCCACUGGGCCUUCUAUGUAUGGCCUCAAUCAUCUACCGCACCACCAGACGGCUAGCAUGGACUACAAUGGUGCCACACAGAUGUCGGCGAACCAGCACCAUGGACCGUGUGACCCACAUCCGACAUACACGGAUCUGUCUGCACACCAUCCUUCUCAGGGUAGAAUCCAAGAAGCACCCAAGUUGACUCAUCUGUAGCAGGUUUGGACAAAAGAGAUAACAGAGAGAAAUGAAAGGAAGACAAAUGAAACAGACUAACCCAUGGGACGAUGCAAUGGGGUUGAAAAAUAUGAUCCAGUGGUUUCUUGCCAUGAGUAAAACACCGGUUUGUGUCAAUGUUGUCUUACCAUUCAUGUGUGUGAACACCCCAAUUUUACAUGAAUUUCAUAUUCAUAAAUCUAAAAACCCCUUUAAAGUGGAAAACUUCAUGAACAGUGUGUAAAAAUGGCUAGUUUAUGCCACGGAAUAGAUUGCCUAGCUGUAUGACCUCAUUACAUCAUCGUAAACGUUUGUGUACUCCAGCAUUAUCACUGCAUUCCUUACACUUUGGUCAUUUGGAGGGUGGUACAGCAAAUCCUACAUUUAAACUUACUGGCGCAAGAAAACCACUGGAUUGUUUUUUUGUCCACUACCCUUAUUUCACAUACCUCUUCUUUUUUAAAUUUCUCACUAAACAGUCAGUUUUUUAUUAACUUGUUCCCAAAACGACAGCAAACUGCACAUUGUUUUUAGCAAGACGUGGUGAUCAAGAUAUUCAUCUCUUUAUCUAUUUUAAAGGGUUGAAAUCCAUUUUAAACUAUGCUACCUAUCCCUAAUAAUGAGAAGUAAAAUAGAAAUUUGUUAUGACUUUGACACAGGGUAAAAAGGAGAGUUGAGAAUUGUAGUAAAGUAAAGCUCAUCCCCUUGUUCUCAACUCACUGUCCCCUCCCUCUUCCCCUCCCUUUCCCAAUUCUCUUUCUUUCCCAAUAUUGGGUUUGCCUACAUUAGUCUACACUAAUACGAAAGGCCCACAUUUUCUCAAGUCUUGACUUAGAAAACUAGGAAACAGGGUAUAUUUGAACAAAAAUGCAUGUCCGGGAUAACAAGCUAGGGCGCAGACGUCUCUGUUUACGCCUAAUACGCUCUCGUCUGGGCAUCAUUGUUGCACUUAGAGUUUACAUUUAAUGGGUGAGGAAGAAAAGUAAAUCUUAUUUUGAAUCGAAAGGCCUUCAAUCAGCGUCUUUCGCUAAGUGUGUUCAAGUGAACAUUCAUAAAUAUAUAUUUAUUUGUUAUAGCCAGUUUAAAUACUUUCUUUUUUGUAUUAUUUAUCCCCAUGUAUUUAUAUCGACAAAAAUGUACUUUUUUAGUAUCUACCUGUUAUAAAAGACGUUGUGUUCUUGUCAUUGUAACAAGUUAUUUUUUAGUUCUUGUAUUUUAGAGAUAUGUAGGUUUAUGUUACCCUUGUAUAAAUAAUGUCUUGACUUGUACAGGGGGCGCAAGAACGAAAUCAAAACGUUCCUGCGUAGUCGAGAAUUAGACGGAAGAUAGCAAAACAUUUUCAAAACUUCAUUUGUCCUUUGUAACUACUUUUAUUUCCUUGUUAAGAGUUGGUUGUUGAACAAUUCUUUAAUAAAAUGUUAUGUUAUUCA